AUGGUCGACGAAGAUGAAUUAGAUAGCAAACUGGCAGCAUUCUUGAAGAGGGUAAGGGGCGUCAAGGUGGCAUAUGACCCUCGCGAGGCCUCAAAUGAUGAAAGCCUUAUGUUUCAAGACAUUCAUAGCUCAUCAGUAGAGAUGCGCCAGGCAAUUUUGGACGUUGCAGCGAAUGUUUCAACCCGCGAGCGAUCCCAAUCAAGCAGAAUGCGGUUCCUGGAGAGGCAAAAUUCGCAGGAUGAAAAAGAUCCGUCAAAGUUACUAAAGUUGAAGUCAUGCUCGGCAUUGGUGGAUUCUGAGCAUUAUGUCGCAGUCUCCUAUUGCUGGAGACGAGAGCAAGCUGGUUGGUACAGUACUGACGAUGAGCCCCCUCUGAAAGUCGUCCUGGAAGACGAAAAGGAAGAUGCUAUUCAAAAUAUGGAUCUAGUUUAUCAAGACUCCACCCAUCCAAUAGCAAUAUUGGAGUCGUGUUUUGAGACCCAAGCUGAGCUCGAUGUGUUCGCAUCAGUCGUUGAUCCAGGCUUCUUUGACUUUGACCCUGACAACAUCGAAGCGUUAGAUGACAUUCUUGAGACAUUCACUAAUGAUCAGUGGUUCUCACGCGCUUGGACGCUACAGGAAUCAAUCUCUGCAGGGGUCAGUAUGUCCUUUCUUAUUGGAUGCCCUGGGCUUGACAAACCGGAAGUUUUCGGUCAAAUUUCAGACGAGGUGGAGAUCAGCCUUUGGGACUUUCAGGAAGCGAUGGUAAAUGCGCGAAAUUUGAUUGAGGAAGGAUUUGCUCAGAAUGUCUGGUCUGAUACGAGUUCUGCUAUACAUGCAUCUAAUUGUGCUGAUGAACUUUGGAAUCGUAUUCCUACAAUCCUGCCGAACAAACUUCCUGCUAUACAUGCGUCCAGACAGGAAACGUCGUAUCGCCAGCAAUGCAACGCUGCACAGGCGAUCACGUUCCUUGCAGAGCGCCAGAACUCAUUUUUCCCAGACAGGUUGGCCAUUCUAGCAAAUAUGUGCAAUUACGAGCGCCGCAUUAGCACUAGAGUGCUUGAAGAAUCGCGUUCUUCAUUCUCUACGUGUGCUCUUACCUUAGCAAUUGUGAACGGGGACAUGUCGCUGCUGAGUGGAUACGGUCAGACUGCGGGUCUCGGUUGGUAUACAUAUCAAUCUGGCAUCAAGGUGAAAGAGAAAGUGGGUGAUUAUCGAGAAUCUGGAAGAAGUCUCUACCGAGAGACUGAAUGUGGUUCGUCAGGACAGGCUUAUGGCUUUUCUUGGGGUCCGAUACCUGCUGGUAGCCUAAGUGACAUUGGAUACGUUGAAGAACGUGACACAAUGUUUCGCUUGCAGCCUUCGUCAUUAUCAAAAGAUGGCUUAAAGGUUCAGGGCAUGUUAUGGCAAAUGGAUCAAGUGAUAACGACGCCCAAGACUCAAGCUAAAUUCGCACGUCGCUGGGCCUCAGAACUGGAACGACAGGUAGGUGAGACUGUGUAUGCUGACGAAGAUAGACAGCGAAGACUCAUGUACGAAUUCACCAUAUCUCUGCUUGUUGAGCUGAUAGAGAAUGGCUUUUCUCCAGUGGCGAAGACGUUUUGGCAAUUUUUGCAGCCCCUUGGGGAAUACAAAACAGCGUCGGGCUCUUUCCAAACGGGGCGCUCAUACUCCUUUGAGGAUGUUUUCGAGCAUAGACUUGUGACCUGCGAUGGAAGUAUGCUACCCCAAAACCUUACCCAAGACCUUAGAAUGCAGUGGUCUAUCCUUACGCUCUCUAUUGAUUCUAACCUGAAGGGUUUCGAUCGACCGUCUAUUCACCGCAAACUCAUGGAUCAAGUAUGUCGGCGUGGUAAGCUACUGUGCGGCUCUUGUCUAGCCCGCUCCCAGACUUCCCCAGCUUGUGAAUUGCGCGUCUGGUUUGACGAUGCUGAACAUGGUGACCUGGUAUUCACUCCAUAUACAAGGUUGGGCGACAAUGUCGCUUUCACUACAUAUCAGUAUAAAGCCAUCUCAUGGUCUGUUGAACGAAUGGAAGGCUUGGGUGAUGUGCCCUCACAUAAUGCUAAGGCCAAUUCUUCAAUGCAGAUAUUCUUCAAAGACUUCCGUGUGCGUCUGUCUUUCACAUUGCUGAAAUUUUAUGAUCAGAAUGGUCGUGGUUCGUAUAAUUGUCCAUCGGCAGAAGUGUCUGGGUACUUGACGAUCCCAAUCGCCGAGGCACUUGCGGAUGCCGAGAGCAGACCAUUGAAUGUCUCUUGUCGUGUUGCAACGACUCUGAAUCCUGCAGAGGUCAUCGAUGGUCUGACGAGUGAUACCAAACAGAAAUUCAAAGCCGCAGCAUCUGCAUUGAGGCUGGAAGUUCCUCAUAUACACAUUCUUGCAGGAGAAAACGAAGACAUUGCUUGGAGGACGAGAGAGGCUCGGUGGGUUCGGGAUGAAGAAGGCGAAGAAGGAAUCGAAGCAUCCCCGGAUCCUGACGGCAGCCGAUCCCCUACCAGAUGUGAGAUUGCUCAAGGUGUAACAUCCAACAAAUACGACACUCAAAAUAAUCCAAAUUCUGGGCUCCAAAAGUAUCAGAAGAUGGUCAUUCAGUGUGUAGAGUGUAAUUCUUCCAAGUGCUCUGGAAGGAGGUCAAAAUUAGGGGAGCCGGCCUUGAUGAUGUUGGGCUGUGGAGACUACAAGGCUCUAUAUGAAGACUAUUAA